UUCCGGAAUCACACGUUAGUAUGUCCACAAACUGAAAGGUCAUUUAUGAAACAUGUCUCGUUCAAGGUUUGGUUUGCUAUGCAGAAAAGUCCUCACAAAUCACAUGAGGAGGUGUGCCCGAUGGGAUCAGUCAAGUGCAGCCAACGUGGCCAAAGUGACCCUGAAUCAGUUAAGUGAUCACCUGGAGGACCAGAUCAUGAUUAAAACCAUCAGUAAAUCAAGCUUUGUUCUACACAAUGACAAUAUCAGGAUUAUAGGACCCACAGUGUUCUUCCCAAGAGAGGUUCUACACUGGAAUGUUAAAGGUAUUGAGGAUAUAAAUGAAGCAUCCUUGUCCUUGUUUACACUUAUUGAUCCAAAAGUUGAUGUCCUAUUGAUCGGAGUAGGAAAUCGCAUGGAGAGACUGAGUCAAGAAGCUUUGAAGUAUCUGAGAGUCAACAAAAUUAAUUUUGAUGUUCUACCUACAGAGAAAGCUUGUGCAUUGUUCAAUUUCCUAAAUGGGGAACAGCGUCAAGUUGCUGCGGCAGUGAUACCUCCCACUGUCAUUGACGAGGACAUGCGUAUGCCAGUGGAUGAUGACCUGAUCACCUUUGAUCCCUGCGUAGAUAUGUUUGGUCAAGAUCCCGAUGUUAUUAUACCAGACAAAGACGAAGACUGGAGGACACCAGGAGAAAAACUCAGAGAAGCAGCCACAGGUGUGAGACUGAUGAUCAAUAAACGAAGAAAUGCUCAAAAGUUAAUGGACAUGCCAGCCCCAGAUAUUCCGGACAUGCAGGAUAUUGUUGACCGAGUCAUGGAUGAAGUGGAGAAGGAGGCAGCCAAGGAACGUGCACAGAAAGAAAAAGAGAAGGCAGUACAAGAAAAGGGGACUAAGAUAGAGGAUGGAGAGAAGAUGGGAGAAAGGGGGUUGGAGAAAGGUGAUAGAGAGAAGAAGGAAGCAAAGGGGUCAGAGAGAGGUGAAUGGACUGGACAGAGUAAUACAAGUGAGGAUAAAUCUGGGGAUAAUUCAAAAAGUGCGAGAAACACUGACAAUAGUGAAGCCAAAACAGAUGACCCCAAAUCCUGAGAUUUACUCAGUAAUUAAUGUAUAUGAAACCUGAUAAUAUUGGCCAAAUAAACAUUGCUGUGCUUGCAGAGAUGUAAUCUCUUUAUUUUCAUGUUCACAAAAUGUUCCAGUAGAAUAAAAUUGGUUUAUCUUUAAAGUGUACCUGUGGCAUCUAGUACCUGCUUUUUAAUAGGAAUAUGCAUGUACAUGUAUGUGGAAACGAGAAAAAGGAACAGUUUGUGUUUCAACCAGUGAUUUUUAGUCCACCAAUACAAUUUUCAUGUACACUAAUAAUGAAUUGAAACAAUGAAUAUUUUCAAGUUAUUUUAUACAACAAUAUGUUCUUUAAUACAUACAUAUUACAAAAUGCAUGUAUUUGCUUUAUUACAGGUAUUAAAGUUCUUUAAAACAAUA